AUGUCACUUCAGCUUUCUUUGGUCACUGAUGAUGCGGACUUUUACAAAUUUGCGCCCCUGAUGUUUGAGGCGAUUCACCCUAAUGGAAAUUUGACUCCAGAAGCGCAGACUCUCCAUGCUAGUGGGUUCAUUGCCCACAAAGGCUUCGAUCCCACUGUGCAAUGGGUCAAGGUCACAGACACAGGCACUGGGGAAAUCAUUGGCGUCGCUCAGUGGCUUAUCAUUAAAGAUGAGAAGCCGCCAGAAUUCGACUUUGAUGGACCCCCUGGUACAUGGAAAGACGAGAAAGAAAAACUAUACGCCCAAGACAUUUAUCGCUCCUUCGUGCGUUAUAGACGCGAUGUGAUUCGCAACAAUGAUCUGCCGAUUGUUGGUGAGUAA